GUAACGUGCGAGAGGGUAUUCGCCAUUUGCCCAAUGCAUUCUUUGUUCAAGUCUACCCGGCUAGCUGGCUCUUUUGUGUCCAUAAGCAUUUUGGCGUAAGUGUUCUACUUGUUUCGACUUCCUCAAUGUUCAGCUUGGACAAGUGUCAGCAGUAACCAAAAUCAGGAUUUGACAGCAACCCAAUAUCGUUCAUGAUUCAGCAUGGGAGAGCCGGAAGCGUGUCGCCGUCGUGAACGCCUAAGCCAAUCACUAUCAGCCCUUGAAUUGACUCUGAUUGAUUUCCAUGAAAAUGCCGCUAGCAAAUCAGCUUCUAAUUUCGAAGCGACGUUGCCAUCGGAAAAGGCAGCUCUACACGGCGAUCUGUCCAGUUCGUUGUCACCUUCAGUCAGCACACUCAAGUCAGUUGGCCAGCAAUCGAGCGCUCACAAAUCGUCACCCAUGCGAGCUUUCCUGACACCACCCCUCAUGAGGAAACGAAAAUCAACCAGCAAACAUCACGAUGAUGAUGACGGAAGUGAUUCUCGGCUAUCAACCGGCAAUGCGUUGGCCACCAACCGUCACAAAUCGUUUGGUUUCCUCAGCCUCCUCAAGUUCAAGUUUUCCGAUCGAAGUGGUCGCAGUAAGCAACCAGUCGUUCAAUCAACUUGUCCUGUGGUGGCUGGAGAAGAGCUAACCGAUAGUCUAGGGGAUAAAUCGGCGUUUCAGUCCUCGUUAACCUCGUGUGUUGAUCAACCCAAUGUUCUUUCGUCUACUAUUCCGGAACCUGAUCAAUGUGAGGAUCACCGUAACACAACGACAGCUGUCAUCAGUCAACAAGAAUCAAACGAUAAUCAUCCGCAAUUAUGGGCGUCUGCCGGCUUGUCAGUGGCUGCAGCGGCUGCCGCGUCAUCAGUCUUGCCUAAAUUGACUAUGCCUAAGAAAGUCACCAUUUGUUCCAAACGCCCUUUCACGCCACACUCAUCGUUGGACAAUCCUGACUCAAAACAUACGAUGGUGUCACCAAUGCCUGCCAUGUCCGUAUCGUCUUUACCACCGCUAUUGUCGUUGCAGCAAUCCGGAUCGAUCCAGCCGGUGGGUCCUUUUCGCCUUCAUGUCAUUCUGAAGCAGGGACGCAAUUUGGCAGCCAAGGAUUCGUGUGGCACGAGUGAUCCCUAUGUCAAAUUCAAGCUGGGCAACAAAGUCAUUCAUCGUUCUAAAACUGUCUAUCGUGAUUUAAAUCCCAUUUGGGAAGAAGAUUUCUAUGCCCAUUUAGAUGAUUUAAAUACUCCAUUACAUAUCCGGGUCUUUGAUUACGAUUGGGGUUUGCAAGAUGAUUUUCUGGGAGCAGCUACAUUUGACUUGAACCAGCUCGAACUAAACAAAGUAAAUUUAUACUCAUUGGAUCUCUUCGCGGAUGACACUGACGGCCGUCAGGGCAUCAUUGAUUUGUCCAUAGGUCUUUAUCCAAAAAUCUCAGAAGACGAUGGCGAUCAGAGAUCUCCUCCCAAAAUUGGUGAUCAAUCUAAAAAACUAAAAGUGCAAAUCUGGUCAUCAAUCGUUAACAUACUCAUCAUUGAAGGACGACAUUUAACUGACAAAGACGGUGAACUAUUGUGCAAACCUUACCUCCGUUUGCGGUUAGCAAACGAAAAAUACAAGACGAAGUCAGUGACGCGGAGUUCCAACACGAGCGUCACUUGGCUUGAGCAAUUCGAUUUCCAUCUGUACGAAGAUCAGUCUCAUUUCCUUGAAAUAAACCUGCACGAGAAAGAAUGGAAAGGUUCUCUUGGAAGAGAUGAAUCGAUUGCGAGGGCCGUCCUCGAUUUGGGGAGCAUUGAAGGGGAACGAACGCAUUCACUGAACUGUGAAUUCCAGCACGGAGGUUCCGGAAUCUUGUCGCUUUUGAUCACCAUCAGUGGCACUACUGCCUCAGAGACUAUAUCCGAUUUAUCGACGCAUCAACUUGCUGAACAUUCUAAAGAAGCGGAGAUUAUACAGAAACGCUAUAGUCUCUGGAAAACGCUUCACAAUUUGCGAGACGUGGGACAUCUGAGCGUGAAAGUCUUCCGUGCAACUGGAUUAGCAUCCGCCGAUAUCGGUGGUAAAUCCGAUCCGUUUUGUGUGCUCCAGCUAGUCAAUUCAAGGUUGCAGACACAAACAGAGUACAAAACUUUAAACCCUUCAUGGAACAAAAUAUUUACUUUUAACGUAAAGGACAUCAAUUCUGUUUUGCAAGUCACGGUGUACGACGAAGACAGGGAUCAUAGAUUUGAAUUUCUGGGUGCUGUUGUGAUACCUUUAUUACGCGUAGCUAACGGACAAAAGAGGUGGUACGCCCUAAAAGACCGUAAGUUACGUGCCAGGGCCAAGGGCAACAAUCCGCAAAUUUUACUAGAACUCAACGUCGUCUGGAAUGAAAUUCGAGCAACUAUUCAAACAUUGCAGCCGAAAGAAAAAAAGUAUAUUGAGCCAGAAGUCAAGUUCAACCGCCAUACGUUCGUCCGUAAUGUGAUACGAGUCAAGGCCGUCGUCAUGGAUAUCAUCGAAAUCGGCAAAUAUAUCGAGAGCAUCUGGGAAUGGGAAUCUAACACGCGCAGUUGCGUUGGAUUUGCUGUCUUUCUAGUCGUUACGUGGCAUUUCGAGCCAUACGUUAUCCCUUUAAUGUUGCUUCUCUUUUUCCUUCGCAAUUUUUUGAUCCGAUCGUUUACCCAUGCCUACCUUAGCGAAUACCAUGAGAGCGAUUACGCUUCAGGUGAUGAAGACGAUGAUGACGUCGACGAGAAGAAUAAGGAGGAAAGAAAAAGCCUCAAGGAAAAACUGCAAUCUAUCCAGGAAGCAACUUUAACCGUCCAGAAUUCUAUUGGCUACUUAGCUUCGCUAUUUGAAAGCGUCAAAAACACCUUCAAUUUCAGUGUUCCCUUCCUCUCCUACUUGGCUAUACUUUUGUUGAUAGCAUCAUGUGUUUUACUUUAUGCCGUUCCUUUAAGAUAUCUCAUUUUGUGCUGGGGUAUUAACAAGUUCACGCGCAAGCUAUUGCGUCCUCAUAGCAUUCCCAACAACGAAGCUAUCGAUUUCCUUAGCAGAGUCCCCGAUGAUGAGCAACUGGCGGACUAUCGCGAAUUGCGGUUGGAUUUGCCUGCGGAUAAUGGUGAUAAAACAAACCGCAAAGUCACAAAAAAAAAAUAGGUUUUGCUUUGCUCGGUGUUUUCCUCUUUCGAUUUCGACGUUCCAAUAUCUGUCCAUUCAAUCGUUCAUUGUCACGUUUUUAAACCAGUUAGUUAUUUAUAAAUGUCUUUUUUUGCCUGUUUAAUUCAGUCUAUAAGUGGCCUUAAAACGGAAUAAAUUCUCAAAGUUUCCCAUUUAA